AUGCUUCUAGAAAUUGUUGCAGCUCUGGUGGUCGGGGCUCUCCUCUACCAUUUAAUCUUCAGAAAAAACGAUGACACUUUACCAAUGGGAGAUGGAUGGUGGGGUCCUGGGCAGAGACAAGAUGAUGAGAAUGAAGAUAUCCAUCCUUUCAAAAUCGAGACUUCAGAAGAGGAGCUGAAUGACUUGUUCCAACGGAUAGAUCAGACACGUUACACAGAGCCACUGGAGGGCAGCCGCUUCAACUAUGGCUUCAACACCACCCACCUGCGGAAAGUUGUGUCUUACUGGAGAAAUAAAUUUGACUGGAGGAAACAACUGGAAGUUCUCAACCAAUACCCACACUUCAAGACCAAAAUUGAAGGGCUUGACAUUCAUUUUCUUCACGCAAAGCCAAAAAACCUCCCAGCUGGCAGAAGAGCCAAGCCUCUUAUUAUGGUCCAUGGAUGGCCUGGAUCCUUCUACGAGUUCUACAAGAUAAUCCCCCUUCUGACUGAUCCUGCCAGCCAUGGUCUGAGCGAUGAGCAUAUUUUUGAGGUCAUCUGCCCAUCCAUCCCUGGCUACGGGUUUUCUGAGGCAUCUCAUAAACAAGGAUGUAAUUCAGUUGCUGUGGCUCGAAUCUUCUAUAAGUUGAUGCAGCGUUUGGGAUUCCGGGAGUUCUAUGCUCAGGGUGGAGACUGGGGAUCAUUGGUGUGUACAAACCUCGCUCAGAUCGCUCCCAGCAAUGUUAAGGGUCUGCACCUCAACAUGGUAUUUGUGUCAAGCUUUAAGCCCGUGAUCCUCCUCUCCAUUCUGCUGGGCCAGUAUUUCCCAGGGCUAUUUGGCUUCAGUGACCUGGAAGUCAGGAGACUGUUCCCCUUUAUGAAGAACGUGGUUGGCCACAGCGUUAAGGAGAGUGGGUACAUGCAUCUCCAAGCCACCAAGCCAGAUACUGCAGGUUGUGGACUAAAUAAUUCCCCUGUUGGACUGGCAGCUUACAUUCUAGAGAAGUUCUCCACUUGGACAGAUCCUGAUUUCCGAGACCAUGAGGAUGGAGGCCUGGAGAGGAAAUUCACUUUGGACGACCUUUUGACCAAUCUCAUGAUUUAUUGGCUGUCUGGCUCCAUUGUCUCCUCCAUGAGGUUCUACAAGGAAAAUGUGGGAAAAGGAAUUGGCCAGGCCAAACAUGACAAAGUCCCCGUCAAGGUCCCCACAGGCAUCGCCUUGUUCCCCAACGAGCUGUUGCUUUGUCCUCUCCUGUGGGCCAAACAGAAGUACGUCAACAUCAUCUCUUUUAAUCACAUGCCCCGAGGGGGCCACUUUGCUGCCUUUGAAGAGCCAGAAAUUCUGGCAAAAGAUAUCCAACAAUUUGUAGCAAAAAUGGAACAAAAAUAA